UACCGGCUCAGUCGCCGCCGGCUCGGUCGCCUCGCAGUCACGCCAUGACUUGUUACAUCUACCAGCUGCCGUCCCGGGUGCUGGACGACCUGUGCCGCAAUAUCGACACGCUGAGCGAAUGGGAUUGGAUGCAGUUCGCCUCCUAUGUCAUCACAGACCUGACACAGCUGCGGAAGAUCAAAUCCAUGGAGAGGGUGCAGGGUGUGAGCAUCACUCGGGAGCUGCUGUGGUGGUGGGCCAUGCGACAGGCCACGGUCCAGCAGCUGGUGGACCUCUUGUGUCACCUGGAACUCUACCGAGCUGCCCAGAUUGUCCUGAGCUGGAAGCCGGUUCCUGAGAGCACACCUCCUCCUCCAGCCUUCCCAAAGGCUGUGAAGCCAGGCCCUGUGGCUACUCCUGGAAGAAACCUCAAGGACGAACAGGAAAAGGGCCAGCCUGUGAAGCCGGGCUCCGUUCUGGGCACAGGGACCUUGGCUGGAGUCCAGCAGCAGGCCUCACACCAGCUUCCAUCCAAGGAGGAUGCCCCUUGUUCCUUGAAAACUGACCAAGCCGACUCUCCCCAGUCUAAGGACUGCAGCACUUCCACGUCUGUCCCCAAGCAGGAAAAACUUUUGAGUUUGCCCGGAGACAGGUUUUUCUGGAGUGAGGCAGAUGUCAUCCAAGCAACGGAGGACUUUGACCAAAGCCACCGAAUCAGCGAGGGGACCUUUGCUGAUAUCUACCAGGGGCAAAGGCAUGGUGUGGCCUUUGCUUUCAAGAAGCUCAGGGAGGUGGCCGGCUCGAGUCCAGGGCCCAUGGACAGGUUCCUGCAGGCAGAGAUGCAGCUUUGCCUCAGAUGCUGCCACCCCAAUGUCUUACCUCUGCUGGGCUUCUGCACUGGAAGACGGUUCCACAGCCUCAUCUACCCCUACAUGGCAAAUGGCUCUCUGCAGGACAGACUCCAGGCUAAGGGUGACUCAGACCUGCUGCCCUGGCCCCAGCGUGCCAGCAUCUGCUCAGGGCUGCUUCUGGCUGUUGAAUACCUGCAUAGCCUGGACAUCAUCCAUAGCAAUGUCAAGAGUGCCAACGUUUUGCUGGACCAACAUCUUAUCCCCAAACUGGCUCACCCGGUGGCUCACCCAUGUCCUGCCGAUAAAAAAACCAAAUACACCGUCAUGAAGACCCACCUGUUCCAGGCCUCGACUGCUUAUCUGCCUGAAAGCUUCAUCAGGGUGGGGCAGCUGACCAAGCAAGUGGACAUCUUCAGCUGUGGAAUUGUAUUAGCUGAGGUUCUCACCGGUAUCCCUGCGAUGGACAAGGACCGCAGUCCAGUUUACCUGAAGGAUUUGCUUCUUAGUGAGAUUCCCAGCAGCACUGCCUCGCUCUGCUCCAGGAAGACGGGGCUGGGGAAGGAGGUGGUGAAAGAGAUCUGCCGGAAGCACGUGGAGAGGAGGGCAGGGCUGCUGCCUGAGGCCUGUGCCGAAGCCUGGGCCACGGCUGUGUGUCUCUGCUUGCGAAGGCGCAACGCCAGCCUGGAGGAGGCACAAGUCUCCAUGGCUGGGGUGGAGGAGCAGCUCCGAGGUCAGCCAUCCCUCCCCUGGAGCAGGGUUUCUGAGGCCACAGGCUUGUCUUCCAAUACACCAGAGGAAACAGAUGACGUUGACAAUUCCAGCCUGAGUGUCUCCUCUUCUGUGAUGGGGACAUCCUGUGCAAGGGUUGCCUCCUCUUCGCUCUCCAGGGAAGAUGGAUUAGCACAGCCGUCGACCAGUGUGAGACCAGAGGCUGACUCCUCCUCAGAGGUCUGCACAGGCCCACAGCCACCUCAGGAUGCUACAGAAACUUCAUGGAAAAUUGAGAUCAAUGAGGCCAAAAGGAAACUGAUGGAAAACAUCCUACUCUACAAAGAGGAGAAGCUGGACAGCGUGGAGCUUUUUGGACCCUGAUGACCAGAGCAGAGCUGAGGACUCUUAUCCUCAACUGAAUAGACUAUUGUCCAGUCAAGGAAGAGGUCUUUGGCAGCCUAAGGUCUGUCAAGACCCAUACAACCCAAAUGCCAGCCUGGACAGAGGGAAACCUGUUUUCAUCAGUGUUGAGUUGUAGGGAGAGAGGGCAGGGGACCUCAGCUUACACCAAACUCCAGGAAAUGCUCUUCCUUUCUGAGACUUCUGAGAGGUCUAGGAAGUGGAGCGCCUGGCAUGUGACCCAAGGAUUUGCGUGGUUUUAUGGUUCUAGGAAGUCCAUGUUAAUUAAGUACCAUCCCAGCAGCGGCUGUUGUCUCAGCAGCUCUCACUCCUCCACAACCGACAAGAGCAAUCCUGCAGCACCCAUGGUGAUUUCCAGAGUUAUCACCUGUCAGUCGUGUCUGCAGACAGCUUUCUGCAAACCUCCAUUUCCUAAAAGACCUCCAGCUGGUGUCUCAGUGAAAUUCUUGACUCAUCUCUCAAGUUCAAGAUUACCAAAGCAAGGCACUUGGCAAAGGACUUAGCAGGCUUUCUGCGUCUUCAGUUGUGUAAUACCCUGGUAUUUAUGAACCGCUUGCUGUGCCCCUUCAUCCUCCCAUAACGCCAAUGCCCAGUUUUGUUUUGUUUUUUUAAUGGAGGCUCCAGGAUUGUGUGUUAUUUAUAGAUGGGUGAAGACUCAUGAAAACUAGUCUCAUGUUUAAUUCUGCUGCUAGCUAAGUCAGUCACUCAGUGUGUGGGAAGUCAGAGUCCUUGUACGGUAACCCCUGCCCUAUUCUCCCUGCCUCAGCUCUUGGGAGGAAAGGUGCUAGGGACGUACUUUGGAAAGUGCAUCUGUCCUGUUUUAUAAAAUAAAUAGAAGGUAUUAACUUCAUGUUUCUGCCAUGUAGGAAAUGUUGAUGCCAUGGAUAUACUUUUGAAAAAAGUCACGUUGCAAGCCCUUUUGUGAAAUAAAGCUCUUUCUAAUUCACUAUUUAAAA